GGGGGAUAGACAGCUCUCAUACAAACACAAAACGAAGGAGAGCACAAAAUGCAACGGAAAAAGCGCCAACGCCGCAACGAGUUGCCAGUUCACAUUUGGAGCUCCUACCGAGCAGUCGAUCGCACGCGAGCUUGAGUGUUUACCUCCGUCAGGUCGUUACGAUUUAUGAAAACAUAUAACGAAUUCCAAACGAUACAGGAGCCAAUUGAAAAAUAAAACUCACACUGAAAAUGUUGUUAUUUGGGCUGUAAUCAACAAAAUUUUAUGUGUUACAUUUGUCAUCAAAAUUUGUUAUAACCCCCCCGCAAACACAGAAAAAAAAUAAGUUUAUAAACAAUUGUGUGGUGUUAUGCAGAGUCCAUUUUUUGUCACAGCUAAAUUUCUAGUUUCAUGGUGUGGUUACGGCUACUGCUGCUGCUGCCCCAUCCCGUUGUGCAUAUCUAUACACAAACACCCAUAAAUAUUUAGUCGCUAAAACACACUCAAAAUGUUGGAAGACGACAAUUCGGAUCUGUUGGUCUGUGCCACAGAGAUGCAAGAAGAUCGUCUAUUCUUUGUGGUAUUCAAAAAGAACAUCAAGCCAAAGAAUACGGCAAAUACCCAUUACUUUAGCAUAGACGAUGAGUAUGUCUAUGAGAACUUUUAUAACGACUUCGGGCCGCUAAAUAUAUGCAUACUGUAUCGCUAUUGCAUGAAGCUCAACACCAAACUGAGUGCCAAGAGUCACGCGAACAAAAAAAUCGUGCACUACACCUCCAUGAAUCCGGCGAAGCGUCUCAAUGCAGCCUACCUGAUUGGUUCGUAUGCAAUAAUUUAUCUGAAUAAAACUCCAGAAGAGGCCUACAGACUGCUCGCAACUGGAGAUGUACCUGCAUACACGCGCUUCUGUGAUGCCAGCUAUGGGCCCAGCAGCUUUAAGAUCUCGCUGCUCGACUGCCUCAAUGCCAUACAUAAGGGCCUGCAGGCGGGCUUCCUUAACUUCAAUGACUUUGAUGCGGAGGAGUACGAGUACUUUGAGCGUGUUGAGAACGGGGAUUUUAAUUGGAUAGUACCGCAAAAGUUUAUAGCAUUCUGUGGGCCGCAUCAGAAGUCGAAGACGUUGCCAAACGGCUAUCCAUGUCAUGCGCCUGAGCGUUACUUUAGCUACUUCAGGGACAACAAUGUGACCACUGUGAUCCGUUUGAAUGCGAAGGUCUACCAUGCCUCAUCCUUUGAGAAUGCCGGUUUCGAUCACAAGGAUCUGUUCUUUAUCGAUGGCAGCACGCCCAGCGAUGCCAUUCUCAAGAAAUUUCUGUCCAUAUGUGAGACCACAAAGGGCGCCAUUGCGGUGCAUUGUAAGGCGGGCUUGGGACGCACUGGCAGCCUGAUUGGUGCCUAUAUAAUGAAGCAUUAUGGCUUCAGUGCGCUAGAGGCCAUCGCAUGGCUGCGCUUGUGUCGACCCGGCUCGGUGAUUGGUCAUCAGCAGCAGUGGAUGGAGGACAAACAGUGCUGGCUAUGGUCCGAGGGCGAACGCAUGCGCCGGCGCAACUCCUUGUCGAUGCUGCAGCACAAGUAUGGCAUCUACAGCAUUGAGCUUAAGAACAAGUUCUCUAAGAUUGAGAUGUUCGAAGAAAAGCCGCUGCCGUUGGCAACGUCAGAUCCCUUUGACCAUGUUGAUUUGCUGCUGACUCGCGUCAAGGGCAUCUCACAGCGUGUGGACACAAUGCAUUUGAAUGAUCAGGAUACAUUGGAUGCAGCCUGUGAGCAAACCGAUGAGGAGCUUUCCGAGCAGCAGCUAGAACUGCAGGAGUUGCAUUAUCACUCGACGGACGAGGCCAAUUGCAAUGGCAGCGAUAAUGAUACGGACACGGCCAGUGCCGCAGCCGAUCACCCGCUCGCUUCCACCUACACAAUCUCAACGCGUCGUCGCAAGUCGCCCUCGAAUGCCAACAAGCCAACGGUAAUAGCGAACUCGCUGCGUCGUCUGGUGAAUCCCGGCGGCGGUAACAAUCGCAGCAAUAGCAACACCAGCGCCAUGUCCAAUAGCCUCGAUCCACCCGGCAGCAGCUGCACCGAGAAAAAACUGCGCAAGCCCAGCUCCAAUGUGAUUGAGGCGGCUCGUCAUACGAUUGCGUCCUCGGUGCGCAUGACGCAAACGGCGCUGGAGAAGAAGCAGACCCAAACGCAGGGCGACAAACUCAAUCAGAUCAAGGCGCUGCGUCGGCAUCAUUCGCGUAUUGUGAACAGCAACAGCGAGUCUGAUCAGAAUCAGCGACAUACGCGUGCCCGCUCCCAGCCAUUUCGCAACAACAACAAUGUGGUUAAUGUGUCCGCGGCGUCAUUGGGCCUUAAAGCCGGCAGUUGUUUGCCAGCCAAUGCAUCAGCAGCAACAACAACAACGACGAUGACGGCAACAACAACAUCACAUAAUCUUAACAACAAUAACUACAAUAAUCUAAACUCUUUGCAUAACUGUAACAACAAUAGCACUAACAACAACCACAACAACAACAAUGUGCAGACCAAUGCGGCCAGUCGCACACGCAGUCUGGCCAUCUACAGCAAGAGAAUGGAAUUGAAGCAUCUGCGCAAAGCGGAGCAACAACAGCAACAAGAACAACAGCCCGCUACCGCCAUAGCCGCUGUGCUCGAUAAGCAAUUGAAGCCCUACGCAACGAUCAAUGAGAGUAAAAUACCCAUCGGUGUUGGCGGUGGUGGUGCUGGCAGCUCGGCGACCAUACCGCCGGUGCGAGGCAGUGUAACACGCAGCUCGCUGCAUCACAUGACGCUGAGAGGUCGGUCGCGCAUUCGCUAUCAACGGCCCGGGGCAGCAGUUGGGGCUGGCGAGCAAGCGGCACAGCCGUGCACGCUGGCAACGGCGCGUUAUUAUCGUGAUGUUUCUGCCAUGCCCACCGUAUCCUCGUCGUCGUCCUCGUCGUUGGCCAAUGCUUGCGGUAGUGGUGCUUCCGGCGCAGGUGCCGGUGCCGGUGCCGGUGCCGUUUGCUACAAUAUAGCGACACGAACCUCAUCCGGUGCGCUUGAUCUUAACUCCAAUCCGCUGCCAGCUGCAACCACAACAACAGCAAAGACAACAUCAACUACAACUGAGGCUAAUUCGCAUUCUUCUACACCUCCCCCAGACACAAGCCGGCUUAGUAUGGGCAUCUAUGGCGGCAACGGACGUGCCGCUAGCGACGAACAGCGUGCCAUCAACAACGAGCAUCAUUUUAAUAACCUGGUCAGCAACAAGCGGAACAAGCGUUCGCUCAGCUCCACACGCAUCGAGAAGGACAAGUGCGACGAGUACAACACAAAGUUGCUGCGAAAGACAAGCGUUGUUGCCGCUGCCGCAGCGGCAGCAGCAGCGGCGGCGGCAGCUGCAGCCGCUGCUUCGACAAUGAGUAAAAAUAACAUUAACAGCCACAACAAUAACAACAACAAUAGCGGCAGCAGCAGUAAACAUAAUAGUAACAGCGGCACACCCACAACCAGCAUUGGAGGCGGCAGUUUUAGGCUUUCGCGUCGAAUCUUUGCUGAGUCGGGCUCAUCAGCCUCCACAUCAGCCUCCAAUUCUGGGAUACCGACACCAACGCAACCACCAUCGUUGCCCUGGCAGCAGCAACAUCCUCCGCGUGGAGCCAGUCGCCUGACCACAGAGCGCGAGCAACAGCAGCACCUAAAGCUGCGCAAGAAGAUCAGCUACUAGGUGGGGAUUGGUCCAACCUUAUAGUGAGAGAGUCAAAGCUAAAACCGGCUGCUGCAAUUGUUAUUGUUGACAUUUAUUUUGUAAAGAAAAUCUUAUAGUAUUAAUAGUAAAAAUUUACACUAGGCCCACAAAU